AUUCAUAAAUAUUUAUUAAUUAGUGAAAUAGAUCAACCAUGAAAUAGUCGCAACUAUGAGGAUUUUAGUGGAAACUGUUUUAGUUUUUCUUCUUUUCUAUUUGGCAAAUCAGAGUGAGGCUGCAUGUCCUGUAAGUUGGAAAGAAUACAAAGGAGACUGUUAUUACAUUUCUGAGAAUAGAUUCAGUUAUACAGAUGCAGAAAUUACAUGUUCAUCCAGAAAUGCAUCUUUGUAUGUUUUCCAUAAUGAAAAACAAAAGCAAUGGAUCGAUGAUCAACUAUUUCAUGGUACUCGGAUGGAAUUCUGGAUAGGACUACAACGUGUAAAUAAAACAUGGACGUGGAUUGAUAACACAACAUAUGAUGCCAAUUCUACGAUAUGGUUGAGGAACCAGGUUGGUGUAGCAAAUGAUGCACGACACAGAUGUGCUACAAUGUAUUCCUAUAGACCUUAUACUGGACAGAUACAUCAGAAUGACUGUAACCGUGGAAAUGGAAUCAUUUGUGUGAAGUCAAGAGAUUCUUUUGAACUAUGCAACAGAGAUGAUGGCUGGAUAUUAAUUGAACAAAAAUGUGUUAAACUAUUUGAGGACAAAUCAGCGUGGCUUGAUGCUAACCAGACAUGUACAAACAAUAAUGCCAAUUUAUAUAGAAUGAUAAAUGGAAGAGAGGUUUGGGCCUUAGGAGAAGUUGUUGGUUGUAACACUGAUGAUAACCAGAUGUGGAUUGAUAUAUCUGAUGUGCCAUACCCUGGUCAGUGGAGGUAUAGUAAUAACAUGACAGUAAGGUACCAGCCAUGGGCGUCGUCUGCCAGAAAAAUAUUAACAAAAGGAGGAACCUGUGUGUUUGCAAAUCCACGUCAGAAUUUCUACUGGGAUGUAGAAUUGUGUACAGAAGAAAAGAAAUUUGUUUGCUCUAAAGAUACAGGAACCUGUCCUCAAGGUUGGGCUCAGUUUAGAAAUGAAUGUUUCCAGUUAGUCAGCAUCUCUUCAUUAAAAGACAGCUGGUUUGGUGCCAAAACUUACUGUGAAAAUCAGAAUACAAAAUUAUUAACAAUAGUCAGUUCUGAUGAAGAAGGAUUUGUACAGAAUAUGAUGGUCAGUCAACAAGUUCAGCGAGCAUGGCUGGGAUUUUCUGAUUCAGCAGCUAAACCUGAUAUUCUAUCUUGGAUUGAUGGAUCUUUGGUUUCUGCAGGAAAUUAUACUCACUGGGAUUUAAACUACCCUAAACUUACAAAAAAUAGAACUGAUUGUGGAAUACUUCAAGCUGGACGAAUAGCAAGUGCUUGGUCCAAUGGAUAUUGUUUUACAUCCUUACCAUUUAUUUGUAAGGCAACAAUUACGACUGAUGUAGUACAGAAGACCACACCAAGACCUGAUGUCCACUGUGAUCCAGGCUGGAUAUUAUAUAAUGGGCAAUGUUAUUAUUUCGGUGCAUCACAGAACUCUAGUGGAUACAGUUGGGAUGAUGCACAGCGAUUCUGUUACGCAGCAAAUGGGGAUCUUACCACCAUCUCAAAUGCAAAUGAACAGGCAUUUAUUAAUAAGAACAUAUUGACAGUAGGCUCUGCCUGGAUUGGUCUUAGGUAUAGACCUACACAAAAAGGCUUGGCAUGGGUGGAUUAUACUCAAGUUGUAUUUGUAAAUUUCUAUCCUGGUGAACCUGAUGAUUUAGGUAAUGGUCAAGACUGCAUUCAAAUUGUUGGUGGACGACAGGAUUUUACAGGGGCUUGGGAUGAUGGAAACUGCACCAAGCAACAAGAUUUCAUAUGUAAAAAAAUAGCAUCUCCAGGAUUUAACACUCUUGUUACUUUACCACCAACAACUUUAGGAGUCUAUUCCUAUCGGUGUGGACCCCAGUGGAUCUAUGACUCUCUAGAUGAUUAUUGUUACCAGUUUGUACUCUAUCAUCCUAAGACUUUUGCCAAUGCUCAGUGGGCGUGUCAACAAAUGGGGAGUAAUCUACUGAGUAUUACUGGACCAAGGGAACAGAGAUAUAUACAAGCCAUACUGAAUACAGGAAAAUAUUUAAAAGUAAGCAGUAACUAUUGGAUAGGUGGAUCUGAUGCCACACAGGAAGGUGGAUGGUCGUGGAUUGAUGGAUCACCUUUUGCCUAUCUGAACUGGCAUCCAGGAGAGCCAAAUGAACGAAUGUUUUCCCCAUCAGGAGAAGACUGUAUUGAGAUGGUGCCUAAUUGGAAUUAUCAAUGGAAUGACAAAAGAUGUGAUAAAGAACAGUAUUAUAUCUGUAAAAAACAAGCACUACCAUUGACAACGACUGCAUUGACUCCAACCUCAGGUCCUAUUUACACAUGUGGAAAUGAGCCGAUGAUAUCGGGGAACUACAGCUUGUUAGAUGGUGACACUUCAUUAACUGCAUCAUCAGUUCGAGAUCCAGGUCAUGGUCCAUUUAAUUCUAGGCUCUAUUUACAAACUGGUCUAAAUGGAGCGUCUAGCUAUGCUAAUACAGCAGGGUGGUCAGCACUAAGGAUGAAUAAAGGAGAAUACAUACAGGCCUACUUCUAUAAUCUGAUCACAUUUAAAGGCAUUACAACAGCUGGUAAACCAGAUGGUUCAGAAUGGGUAACGCAAUACAAAAUUCAAUAUCAGUAUGACUAUUUCUCUGAGUUAGUUUGGUAUGAGGAGCCACCAGGUACAAUCAAGGUUUUUAAUGGUAACACAGACAAUACUUCACCAGUAACAAAUGUUAUCCAGUUCCCAUUUCAAGCCAAAUAUAUCAGAUUGUACCCAGUGAAAUGGCAAAAUGCUAUAUCUCUGAGGUGGGAGGUUCUUGGAUGUGUUCAGGAAUUUUGUAUUUCUGACUAUGCCAUCAGUGGGCCAUUAAUAACUACAGACAAUGGACUUACAGCAUCAAGUUCUCUGAGUAGUACAAAUUCUCCAGCAGCUGCCCGUCUUCAUCCAUUAAAACCACAAACAGCCCCAUCUUGCUGGAAGCCAUCUGCUGCGGAUAAGAAUUGGUUCCUCCAGGUGGAUCUUGGUUCGAUAAUGAUAAUAAGGGGAAUAAGUAUUGCGGGAAACCCUAAUGCACCAGAAUGGGUGACAAAUUUUAGAGUUGCAUAUGGAUCUAAUCCAAAUCUUGUCACUUCUUAUUAUCAGGAACCUUACAAAACUAUAAAGGUAUUUGAUGGUAAUGUAAACAACAAUGAGACUGUCACUAGAUACUUUAAAGGACAUUUCAAGGCUCGGUAUAUUAAAGUAGAACCGACUGCAUAUGAAAAAAAUAUAGCAUUGAGAUUUGAUGUCAUGGUUUGUCCUCAAGGUUGCAACCAGAAAACACUGCUGAGUGGUAAAACAGGUGUAAAUGAUGAUCAACUCUCUGCCUCCACAACUCAAGACAAUUUUGUGGGACCAGCACAAAGCAGACUGAACCAACUAGCAAUAGGAAAUACGGGGGGUGCAUGGUCACCUACGUACAAUGACCAAAGGCAGUGGAUUCAGGUUGAUUUACAAGCCAUGAUCCAGAUAACAGCCAUAGCUACACAAGGAAGAGCAGGCCAUGAUGAAUAUGUUACUCAAUAUAAGAUUGCUUCCUCACCAGAUGGCCAUUCAUUUAUUAUGUAUUCAGCCUUUCAAAGAAAUGCUUUGGUGUUCAUGGGUAACAUGGAUGACAGUACACCUAGGAAGCAUUACUUGACAUUACCAAUUGUUGCCAGAUUUAUCAGAAUAUAUCCAUUUGCCUACCAUAAAAAGAUAUCUCUUAGGUGGGAAGUGUAUGGCUGCCCAGGCCCAGAUUCUGGAACAUCAAUUGGUUGCUAUGCAGAUGACAAAUUAAGCAGGGAUUUAUCAUAUGAACCCUAUGGCGACCCCUCAGUAGGCAUGUGGCCACCAAUGUGCAUUCAUCACUGUUUUAGCAAAGGAUACUAUUAUGCAGGACUCCAGAAUCGGUACAUGUGUUUCUGUGGGAAUUCCUACGGGAAAUAUGGUAGAUCAAAUACCUGCAAUCAGCCAUGUUACACAAGACCAAGUUACAAGUGUGGUGGAAUAACAUCUAAUUCUGUUUAUACCACUGGACUAACGCCUGUGACAAAAGUGUGUCCACCCAAUUGGAAGUCAUAUAAUGACAAGUGUUACCUGUUGUUGUUCAACCAGACAUCAUGGCUGAAUGCCAGACAAGAUUGUCGUAUAAUGGGAGGAGACUUGGCAACAGUCAACAGCCAGGCUGAACAAGACCUGGUCUAUAGUAUCAUGAGUAAUAAGGGAGCUUCAGAUGUUUGGAUAGGACUAAAUGAUCAACAGGAACAGAACUUCUUUGAAUGGAUAAAUGGAGAAGUUACAUUGUACACUAAUUGGAAUGUCAACCAACCAGCCAAUACAAACAGUGCAAACGAGAACUGUGUAAUGAUUAAUCAAACUGAUGGUGGUUGGCAGGACCAGAAUUGUGAUGAACCACACCAAUAUUUAUGUAUGCAGGCUAAAUCAGGAUCAUCUCAGCCCACAUUACCACCUCAAUCUCCCGGAUGUGAUAUUGGCUGGACUGGUUUUAGAUGGUCCUGUUAUUUGUUUAUGGACCAAACUAGAAGUUUUGCAAGAGCAAACCAGGCUUGUAAGGCAAGGGGAGCAACUCUUGUACAGAUAGAUGAUAGAUUUGAACAAGCAUUUUUAUCAAGCUCAUUGAAUUCUAAGUCAGGCAUGUACUGGACUGAUGCUACUAAUUUAGUGUCACCUGGUACAUUUAAAAACUUUGACAAUAACAAAGAAGUUCUAUAUACCAACUGGGCUCCAAACAGACCAGGUAAUGCUAGAUCAUGUGUUGCUAUGCAGACCAAGACACCAGCAGGUCUGUGGGUAGACACAUCCUGUACAGUUUUAUCAGGAGCUGUCUGUGAGAAACUUGGUGUCGGGCAGACAACUCCAAAACCACCUACAACAACUCCUGCACCUGUUCCCUGCCCUAAAGGAUGGAUAGAAGUCAACAACUAUUGUUACCAGGUAAAUGCUGUACAAGGCAGUCGACAGAUGCCAUACAGGGAUGCAGACAAGGAUUGUCAAUCACAGGGAGCCAGUCUAGCAAGUUUUCAUAAUAGUUCUGACAUGGAUACAUUGUGGAGAAAUAAUCUUGUUGGCUCAAACGUCAACUUCUGGAUUGGAUUAAAUGAUCUGACGUUAGUUAAUACACAAAGAAAAUACAAAUGGACAGACAACUCACCACUUAAUUUUGUAAACUGGGGUCCAAAUGAACCAAAUAAUUUUCAUGGAACUGAGGACUGCACUGAAGUACUAAGUGCUUCAGGUCUAUGGAAUGAUCAAAACUGUCAGUACCAUAGAAACUGGAUUUGUAAAGUCAGAAAAGGUGCCAAUGUACAUUCCAGACUAGUAAACAGAGCUCCAUCUGCUGGUCCUCCUGGACAAUGUGUUGGACUUAUCAACUGGACAUUCUACAACAAUAACUGUUAUAUUGUAAUGGAUGGUUCAGGGAACAACGCUAAGACCUGGAGAGAAGCUAGACAAGUGUGUCAGGGAUAUGGAGCAGAUCUAGUCUCCAUUGGCAGCAUGCUGGAACAGCUCUUUGUACAAUACCAGGCAUCAAACAUCUCUUCUUAUACACUGUGGACAGGCUUCAGUGAAAUUGAUAAUGAGUUUGGAUAUAAGUGGUCAGAUGGUACAGUACCUUCUUACAUCAACUGGAACCCUGGGGAACCCAAUGAUUAUGCUGGAGCUGAAGACUGUGUAGAAUUGAUGGUGUUUAAUGGCAAAUGGAAUGAUGCACAUUGUGCAGAGAAGAAAGGAUUCAUAUGUAAACAAGUCACUGGCGUUAAACCACCAACAACACCUACUCCUCUUAUGACCGGGUAUUGUCCGGCCGGAUUUAGAGCUCAUCGUAAUAAAUGUUAUAAAGUAUUUACCACCUUGAAGACUUGGACAGAUGCUAAUACUGCAUGUCAGGCCCUUGGGGGUAGAAGGAAGGGAUAUUACCUUGCUAGUAUUGGAAAUGUGUUUGAGAAUGCUUUUGUAACAACCUUGCUACAAGGUUCUGUUGUUGAACCAUGGAUAGGUUUGAAACAAAGAAGUAACCACCAGUUCUACUGGGUAGAUAAUACAGAUUUGACCUAUACCAACUGGGAUGUAGGACAACCUGCACGUCCAGAAGUAGGACCAAGUGGAAAUUCUGCGGUAUGUACAAGAAUUUAUAGCGCCCUUCAUAAUGCUGGUAGAUGGAGUGCUUCUCCUUGUAGUUUAAAGAAGGGAUAUAUCUGUGCCACUAAUAAAAAGUCCUACAUCACUACACCAGAAGCCAUACCUAAUCCCUGUCAAUCUGGUUACCUGUCUUAUGGCAUGGACUGUUUCCAGUAUGUACCUACCAAAGCCACAUGGUCGGCAGCAGACGCAGAUUGUAAAUCAAGGAAGAGUUUCCUAGCAACAUUAUCUAAUCCAUUUGAACAGAACUUCCUGUUUUUGAUGAUUAAUGAUCCUAAAGUGAGACCUUCCAAAUCUUCUGUUUGGAUAGGACUCAAUGAUGUCCAGUACUGGAAUUCUGGAAGCUAUAGUUGGACACAAGCAGGUUGGUCAGUUAUUUACACCAAUUGGGACAAUGGUCAGCCAACACGGGCAUCAGGAGGUGGAUGUGUGGCAGCUAAUAUAUCUGGGCAGUGGGCAGAUACUACUUGUUCUCAAGCUUUACCUUAUGUGUGUAAAAGUACAACAGGAACACCACCUGCCACCCCUCCAGGACCAAAUGGACAGUGCCCAGGUCCAGGAUGGAUCUCAUAUGGCCCAAAAUGUUAUAGGUUCUAUUACAAGACCUCUGUAAGCUACCUGGAUGCCACACUUAAUUGUAGUAGACAGCAAGCCUCCAUGGUGUCCCUUCAUAGCAUGGACCAGAAUAAUUUCCUCAUUAACACUUUGAAGUCCUAUACAGUACAGUCAGAGGGAUUGUGGCUUGGCUUUCAUAAAUCAUCAUCAGCUGGAUUCCAGUGGUAUGAUAAAUCUACACCACAGUUCAUUAACUGGGACAAUGGACAACCAUCAGGGAAAACUCAGAGAGGGAACCAGGAGAACUGUGUGGAGAUCAGAUCGUGGAAUGGGAAGUGGAAUGAUGUAGAUUGUUCAGAGACACGUGGAUUCAUUUGUGAAAAAAUGCAAGUUGUAGACACAGCAGACAAUUCCACCCCAGGACCACAGAGGUCAACAGUAGCCACGCCUACAAAAACACCAACAAUAGUUCCCCCUACUAUUACACCACCAUACCCAGGGAAACAAACAGCAGGAAUACCUUCAAGACCAACAGGAUUAACACCAAGUAGACAAACUCAGAAAACAAAUUCUCCAUUGCCUACUAUUCCUCAUAUAUCUCCAUACACAGGCACACCAGUACCGCAGUCUGUUCAUCAAGCUCCUUCAAGCAAGAAUGGACUUAGUUCAGGUGCAAUAAUAGGAAUGAUCAUUGGUCUAAUUGUGGCACUAGCACUCCCAACAAUUGGGAUUGUUUUAUGGAAAAGACGACAGCCACAUACAAACCAGAAUGGAACCCCUGGUGGUUUUGAAAAUUCUACAUAUCAGCUGGACACAAAACAUGAGACAGAAACCAGUGAAGAAACAGACUCAUAAUGAUAUUGGGAGAAUAUUGAUUGUUGAUAUUGUUACUUAGCAACAGUGUUAAAUUAAGGUUACCGCUGUCCAUAAGGCUGGAAGGAUAUUGGACCAUUGAGUUGUUUAUAUAUUUGAACUGUUCAGUAAGAUUAGAUUCUAUUCCAAAAUUACUUUUUAGUUGGUCUCUGUUAUUGUUAUUCUGUAUUUGUCUAUCAUCAUUUCUGUACUAGGGUGGAUUCAUAGAUAUCUAUUUGAUAUUUUUUUGUAUGAAAUGACCAAUUUUGAGAACUCUAUAAAAA